AGUCAAAUAGCCGCCUACAAAGGGAGCCCAGGACAGUGCUCGGACGCUCCAGCACUGGGAAACACGAGUUCAGCUCCACGCCAUGCCCCUCACCGGUUCUUACCUGGCCGACGCCGUAGCUGCAGUGAUAUUCGUGGCAGCCAUGCUGGUUCUCAUGUGCAGAUGGAUCUACGGAUACUGGAAGCGCCGCGGCGUCCCGUUUCUAGAACCGGAUUCUGUGUUCGGUAAUUUUAAGGAGAUCCUUUUGAGCCGGAAAUUCUUCGGUGAAGGCUUGCAAGAGCUUUACUGGCGCCUGCAACCUCACCCUUACGGCGGGAUCUUCAUAUCUCUGAGACCAGCGCUUCUCAUCAGAGACCCGGAACUCAUCAAGAGCUGUCUCGUCAAAGACUUCAACCACUUUCAACACAGGGGAUUCAAGGUGGAUGAGAAGCACGACCCCCUGAGCGCCCACCUGUUCAACCUGAGCGGGCCGCGGUGGCGCGCCCUGCGCACCAAACUGACGCCGACGUUCACGUCGGGCAAGAUGAGGAUCAUGUUCCCGCUGAUGGAGGCGUGCGCGCGCGAAAUGGUCGCCGUGCUGCAGCCGCUCGCCGAUGGCCGACAGGAGGUCGAGAUCAAGGAGUGGAACGCCAGGUUCACCACUGACGUCAUCGGCACCUGCGCCUUCGGCAUCCAGUGCAACUCGCUUCGCGACCCCGAGUCCGAGUUCCGAAAGAUGGGGCGCAGCAUCUUCAACUCGCCCAUACGAACGCUCUUCAACUUCAUACUGGUGCGUAUUGGUUACCUCCUGCACAUAAAUUCCGUAAGUCCGGAGUGUGAGCGCUUCUUCAUGGGUGUCGUGCGUGACACAGUGGACUACCGCAAGAAGAACAGCGUGAAGAGAAACGACUUUGUCAACCUGUUGCUGGAGCUGCAGGAGGAGAGACAGGUGCACCCCGACCCCGAAAGUGCAGACACUGGGAGAGAAGUUGCUCACUCGCCGGACGUCGACUUCCCCUUCACAGACGACCUGUUCGCUGCACAGUGUUUCGUCUUCUUCGUGGCCGGUUUCGAGACGUCUUCCACGACAAUGAGCUUCUGCAUCCACGAGUUGGCAGUCAACCCAGACAUCCAGGACCGCCUGAGGUCGGAAGUCGACAGCGUGCUCAGCAGACACAGCGGGGAGGUGACUUACGAUGCCGUACAGGAGAUGACCUAUCUGGACAGGGUGGUCGCAGAGACACUUCGGAAGUAUCCCCCUGUAGCUAACUUGAGCAGAGCCUGCACCGAGACCUAUAACCUACCGGGCACCAGUGUCGGGAUAGAAAAGGGCGUGAAGGUAAUAAUACCGGUCUACGCGAUUCAUCACGAUCCCAGAUACUAUCCGGACCCGGAGAAGUUCGACCCUGAGCGCUUUACGGAAGAGGGCAAGGCUGCACGACACCACUUCGUUUACCUGCCGUUCGGAGAGGGACCGCGUAUCUGCAUAGGUAUGCGUUUCGGCCUAAUGCAGGCCAAGCUGGGCAUCGCUUCCCUGGUCUCCAAGUUCGUCUUCAGUGCCACCAGCAAAACUCCUGUCAAGCUACGGAUGGAUCCCAAAUCAGCUGUGACGUCAUCCGUCGGAGGCAUCAAUGUGCGUAUCUCCGCGAGGACUGGAAAUGACGGCGAGUGGUGCAUUCCAAGGAAGUAGUGAACACCUGGGGACUUGAAGUGUGUGAUCUGACUCAACCUUCAUCUGUACUUCCCAUAGCAAUGAGGCCUACAAUUUUGUUUAUUAACUCCUAUGAGCCAUGAACCUCAACGUCUUUGGUAACUAACAUGUGAAACGGAAGACAUAAUAACCGCAGUUUGCCCACCGCUUUCUCGAUGGUGCAGUUCGCAGCUUCAACCUCAUUGCUUCAUCUGGCUGUGUUGCAAUUACCUCCUUUGUGCAGUCUUUGAAAACUGUGUAAAUCAUAUGAGGAACAUUCUUCACUGCACCGCUACGUGCAACUUAAAGCAGCAAAAUUUUGUCUCGUCGGCAUUAGAAUCUACUUCCCUCGACAGGCAAUUUCAAUGUUGAAGAUUAUAGCAUUGUUUCGAAAUCAUCGAUGAACAAAAUACGUAGGUGUGAAGACGGCCAACAGAGUAAAUAUUUAAUUUUCCCUUCAUUUUGAUGUUACAGUUACCCCAAGAAUAGCCUCUGUCGACCACGAAAAAUAACCUAUACAUGCUUUCGUCAUUUAUGACUAACAUUACACGAAACUCAUUUUUCACAGUCAUAAUUCAUUGUGGAAGUGCUUGUGAAUAUAGAAACAAAAUAAAAUGAAGUGUAUGUUA